AUGGCGUGCCACGGGCUCACGCCCUUCGAAUCGAACGAGCUGUCCAGCACGGCGGACCUGGUCUCUCCAGAAGAGGUGAGGGCAAGGAUCGAGGUCGUUGUCCGGCGAUUCUUGGCCACUUUGAUCUCUCAUCGGCCCAGGAUUAUGCCGCUUUCCAUGGUCCGGAGGAAUUGUAGCAACGUUUUGAUGCAAAGGGGGCUACUGCAAGGCGAUAACAUCUUCCUGUCGCAUCUAGACUCGACCCUGAGCUUCACAAAAUCCGGGAGCAUGAAGAGAUACUUUCGAGUUUGGAAAAUGCUGGAGCUCUGCUACCAGCUUCUUACGCUUGGCAAGAAAGCUACACAGCGGGAGAUUUUCUACAGGCUUCUUUGCGACGCAUCCGAGUACUUCCAGUGCCAGGAGCAAGUUAACAAAACCAUCCGAGAUGUGGUGGGAAUCCUGAAAUGCAGCCGCUACAGCCUGGGAAUCCUCGCGUCAGCUAGAGGAGCUAUCGUUGGUCGACUUGUCAUUCAGGAACUCAACAGGGAACCUGUCGACUGCACGAAGAUUGGCAUCAAUGGCUACAUAAUCGAUGGCGACUUGGAGCUGCUGCAGAACUUGACGCUUACAUCCGAUGCUCGAUACAUUCUCGUGAUUGAGAAGGAUGCCGUGUUCCAGCGGCUUUCAGAGGACCGAUUCUUUCAGACCAUCCCAAGCAUACUGAUCACGGCAAAAGGAUACCCCGACCUUGCAUCAAGGGUCAUGCUUCACAAGCUCCACAGAAGCUUCCCACUUCUGCCUAUACUCGCACUGGUCGACUGGAAUCCUUGCGGCCUGGGAAUUAUUUGCACAUACAAGUUUGGAAGCGUGGGAAUGGGACUCGAAGCUCCUCAUUACGUGUGCGACGUCAAGUGGCUGGGUGUAAGCAGCGAGGAUCUUCCUCGCAUCCCUCCGGAAUAUUUCGUGGAGCUCUCCGCUCGCGAUCGUCAGCUUGCGAAAGGCUUGCUUUCGUCGGCAAUGCUCCAGAACCAUCCUCGCUACAGGGAAGAAUUGGAACGAAUGAUCCAAGCCGGCAAACGCGUGGAAAUAGAAGCGCUCUACGCUCACGGCUACAAAUCUUUGAGCAGCUACGUCGCCCAGAAGAUCGUCCAGAUGAGAUACUUUUGAUAGAGGAAGCUCUGUUUUGAUAGAGGAAGCUCUGUUUUUAGGGUUCAUGAUAGAGCACGGCCUUUGGAUUUCCCAUGAAUAACUUUGCCCAUCAUCU